AUGGAGUUCAAGAACUUCGCGUCCAGCACCAAGAAGGCCCCCUUCACGAGCCCGUACCCGCCGAUCGCACUAAGCUCCAAGGAGAAGAAGCAGCUUCGCCAACUCACCAAGACGCUCGUGGAGGUCAACGUGGACGGGUACGAGGAGUUUCUGUACGAGCACAAGGGCAAACUCCCAGAGAGCGAGUGGAAGUUCUUCCGGCGCGACGAGCAGGUUGAGACGUUCUUGCGUCGUCGUGAGACGUACAAUCUGCGCGGGUUCGGAGCCACCAAGAAGUUCCGUCGCGGAUCGGAUACCAACAGCUCGACCAGCACCAGCAGCAUGCGCAGUGAAGAACUGUCGUCUCUUGAUGUGGCCGCCAUCCGAUCCAUCGGUUCGAGGGACGGCACUAUCGAAGACGCCGUCUACGGCGCCAUGGGCCCCGUGUACGUUCAAGACGGCAUCGAGGACUGCAAUGUCCUUGUGAUCAUCGACAACGUCACUCCAGAGGAGCCGUUCACGUCGCUCUCGAUCCGCUGGCGAGUGACCGAGAACCCGCCGAUCCUCCGAAACAUCCUCAAGAGCUACGACCACAUCUUCUUGGAAGCGACGGGCUUCACACACUUGAGCAACGGUGAGCGCGUUGCCUUCCACUUGCUCCACUCCGUCGACUUUCCAUCGCUCACACCUCCGCUGCCGGACUAUUCGCGCGGACAAGUAGCUGCCAUUGGGUUUUGGCGACAGACAGCCCCGAACGUCGUGGAGAUUCAUGGUCGCGGCGUGUUCGCGCUUCCAUUCGAGCGAGCCCGCGCGCUCUUCGUGCCUGUGGUGACGACGUCCAUGUCCAAGUCCAUCAUGCACAUCUUCUACGCGGCGCACAUGAAGAAGCUCCGGUGGGCGUUGGCGAAGCGAAAGGCUCAAGAUAACCUCGCGCGUUCGCAGUCCUGCGUUGAUCGAGUGUGCAGCAUCUGCAGCAAGAAGCGGACGAUCCACAAGGGCGACAGCUGUGACUUGUGUGGCGAACUCGUGUGCUCUGUGUGCCGCAUCACACACGAGGUGGCGUCGGUGGAGCUGGACAACAAAAUGCACUGGACCAAGGCUCACAUCUGCCCGUUUUGCAUGACCAAGGUGGUCAACUUGGACACAGCAGCGGUAGUCCGCGCUGAAAUCGAGGCGGGUUGGUACGACCGCUUCCCGUAG